AUGAAGGCCUUUAUCGCACUCGCCGUCCUGGCUUUGGCCACCGCAUCCCAGGGAUCGUACCUUCCGGCCGCUCAAUCGGUUCUUCCGUACUCCUACAACUCCGGAGUCUAUGGCCUGAAUGCGUACGACGGAUAUGGUCACUAUUCUUCUCUUGGUGGCUUGGGAUACUCUUCGCUGCUGGACCACGGACUGUCGUAUCCUUACUCUACGGGUCUGCCAUACGCCGCAGCUCUGCCAUACUCCGGCUACAAUCAAGGUCUAUACGGAUACUACGGCUCGAAGUACGCUCCGACCGUUGUCCAGGCCAACGUCAACACUCUGAAGACGGCUGACCAUCUGGGACUGUAUGGCGGUUACGGUCUGGGACAUGAAUACGGAUACGGAUACAACAACUACCUGCCGGUGGCCCAUGCUGCCAAAUACGUUGCUGCCAAUCCGGGAGCUGUGCAUGUGGCUCCUCUGCCGGGACAUCUCGUCAACCAGAAGUCGAUUGUGGCUUAA